UAUUAGGACGGAGGGGCAAUCUUGCCAUUUCAUUGGAGGAGACGAUUAUGCAUGGGCGGCAGACUCAUAAUUUUCGCGUUCUGUUAAAGAAAGAAUCGUCAGCGACCACUAUAUCGGACGAGAAAUGUGCUUGGUCAGUGUAGCAGUCGCCAUACUGUUAUCACUUCACUUUUGUUUAGUUCCGGCGCUGCCCGAUGAAAGAGAAACGAGCGUGUUUCAUGAUAAAGUGAACAAUUUCCUGUUAAAAGAGCAAGAGUUGUUUCAGCGUUUAGGCAUUUGCAGAUCGGAAAACCAGUCUAUUGCAGUCUGUGAUAUUGGCGAUACACAAGCGGCGCGAAAUUUAACCGAACUUCAGCGAUCUUCUUGCCAGUGUGAUGACCAGUGCUUUUUAUAUCAGGAUUGCUGCAUCAAUAAGGUUCCGACUUACUCUUUUAAAAGUCCGUCUUUGUCCUGCAGACAGAUCAGAGGGGAAGAUGAACCCUGGAUACACAUUUAUGUUUACCAACAGUGCCCUACAGAAUGGACGGAUGAGUUUGUUAAAGAAAUGUGUGAAACUGAAGCAGUCGUACGAGACCAGAUGGGAUUACCUUACGAUCAUCUUCAAGAUCUGCCGGUUAAAAGUGAAUCAACUGGUCGGUUUUAUCGAAAUAUUUACUGUGCCAUCUGCAAUGAUGAUACCUGGAUCGUGAAAUGGAAGACUUAUUUUUAUUGUAAUGGGGAUUCUCAACGUCCUGAAAAUAGUUUAAUGGACGAACCUGAUUUCAGCAAUGCAUAUUAUUCUCCACAUACAAAGAAUUUCCGUAAAGUAAGAAUUGGUGAUAAGCUAAAGAACUGCGUGAUCGUGGUUAAAGAUUUCGAGUUAUCUAAACUUUUGUUCGACUAUGGGGCGAGACUUUGCAAGCGUACAAUUUCCAGCUGUCCAGUUGGAACUAGUGAAGAAACUAGCGGUAAAUGCAAUUCCUAUACAUCGUAUGUCUACAUAAACGGAAUUGGAAUUUACAGAAAUUUUCAUUGUGCUUUGUGUAAUGGAAUACCUGUAUCUGAUAUAAUUUGUAAUGAUCCUUUUUACCCUCCACUUCACAGUGCCCCACCUUGGGCGGGAUCGGGCAGAUCUGCAUUGACUAUGCUUUUUGAUUUCAAUUUUGCUGGGGGAUUGAAAGAAGUUGGUCGCCUGAGUCCUUGCCUUAUCCAGGAGGGUCAAGUAUGGGAUCCUAUUUUCAGGAAAUGUCAGAAUUUCACUUGUGGCUCAUUAUACAAGAAAGAAGGAUCGAAAUGUGUUCCUUUGGAUAUUUCAAAAGCAAAAGGUUUGAAGGAUAGUUGUCCCAAAAUAAUUCUGGCCAAAGAAAACUUUAAUCUCCAAACUGAUGGAAGUGUCUUCAUUAAUAUAACAGGAAGACAUCUGUCGGAGGAUGAAUAUGAAGUACAUAAAAAAGAAGGCAAGGAGAUAGUUGAAAUAGUUAUCUGUGCUGAUGAAGUACAUUUGUUACCAUAUUCGAUUGUACAUUCUUGGGUAUCACUUAUUGUGUUAAUAAUAUCCAUUAUCUGUUUAAUUCUUCACUUGACUGUCUAUGGACUUCUUGAGAAAUUAAGAAACAGGCCAGGUAAAAUUCUUAUGUCUUUAGCAGUAUCUUUACUUUGUGGGCAUCUUUUUUUGCUGUUAGGUCCAAAUUUCAGAGACAUUAAUUGGAUGUGUUACACUAAUGGCGUGAUGAUACAUUUUGGAUACAUAGCUGCAUUUUCAUGGAUGAGCGUUAUGGCCUAUGAUAUUCAUGAGACAUUUACUGUCACGCAAACUAACAAUUCCAAAAAAUCAAAACUCUUCCAGAAAUAUUCUUUAUAUGCAUGGAUAUUUCCACUUUCAUUGAUCGCUCUGAGCAUAACAAUGGAUCAAACUUUGCCAAUUAAAAGUGAUUUUCGCCCAAAGUAUGCUGAAUUUAUCUGCUGGUUGAACAGCAGAAAGGGAUUGCUGCUUUUCUUCGUGCUGCCAGCUACAUGUCUUCUUAUUGCAAAUAUCAUUCUUUUUUCCAUAACUGCUUUUCAUAUUAGGAAAGUUUCGAGGCAAACCAGAAUGGUGAAUAACUUCUCAGACAAAGUAAGGUACUUCUUGUAUUUAAAAUUGUCAGUUGUACUAGGUUUAACAUGGAUCCUUGGAUUAGUUGCUGGACUGACACGAAUGGAUGUAUUCUGGUAUCCAUUUAUUAUCCUAAAUGGUUUGCAAGGUGCUCUAAUAUUCAUCGCAUUUACUAUUAAAAGGAAUAUUUUGCAUAUGCUUGCUGUCAAACUUAAAAUUCGCUCUGAUAAGUACAGAAUGGGUAAGAGAAGUGGUAUAAAAGCCGCCAUGUAUAGCAGCUUGUCGAAUCUUACAACUUUACAAACUUCUGUCAGCAGUCAAAUUCCAACCGUUUCAAAGCAACAAGAGAUGUUGAAAGCGGUGAGAAAAAUAAAUCCUGAUGAAGCAUUGGCUGAAAAUAGAACAUGAAAUCUUUUGGGAAUUUUUUAAUUAUCUACCUCGACAAAAUUCCACAUUUCAUUGAAACUGGUGACAUGGCCAUUGAUUACAGAAUCUUAUUUAUUAAGAAAGGAAAAAAAUCUUAAUAUUUUUUUACCUUAUUCUUCUGUAUGUGCCUUUGUUUUUAUUCACAAAGUCAAAGGAUUUCUGAUUCCAGGUAUUUUUUUACGUGAAUAGAUUUUUUAUGAACGUCUAAUAAUAGUUAUAAAUAGUCUUAUAUCCAUUUUGGGAUUUACUUUAUUUCCACAAAAUUCAUUAAAAAUUUGCAUUUUUAUAUUACAAGAGAGCAAAUUUUGUAUUAGAAAAGAAAUUCAAUAGAAAAUUUAUAAU